ACCAAAUAUGGAAGCCUCGCGAGGGGAUGAACACGGGGAGACUAUCGAGGGGUGGGGCUGUCGCCGCAGUGAUCAUCGAGCGCCGGAAGUGCUUGAAUCGCGGGUCAAGGUGAUGCUUCAAAUGGAAACAAAAGAGAAGAGGGAAGUAUACAGCUGUGAGUUCAAAUUGAGGGAGAAUCCUCUGAAGAGAAAAGACAAAGUUUAUGUUGGUUGUGGAGCAGGCUUUGGCGGGGAUAGACCACUGGCAGCUCUCAAAUUGCUUCAAACAGUCAAAGAACUUGAUUAUCUUGUGCUUGAAUGUUUGGCAGAGAGGACACUUGCUGAACGCUAUCAACAUAUGAUGGCUGGGGGAAAAGGUUAUGACUCUCGAAUAUCAGAUUGGAUGUCUAUGCUUCUACCUUUGGCUGUAGAAAGAGGAAUUUGUCUAAUUACUAAUAUGGGUGCAGUGGAUCCACUUGGUGCACAGCAAGAAGUUCUGGACAUUGCAAGUAAACUUGGACUAAGUAUUACUACUGCAGCCGUAUAUGAAGUUUGCCAGGAGAAAUCAGCCACGGGAUCUUUGUGUGGCUGGUUCCCCAGUUUCUAUGCUCUGUAUUUUAAGAUAAUGAUCUUCAAUCUGCUCAUAUAUUUUUCAGGGCCUAAUCUUUCGAUAAAAGGAUAUGGUCUGUGGGAAGGGGGCAUAAGUACAUACUUAGGCGCUUCUCCAAUUGUUCAGUGUUUGGAGAGGCACAAACCACAUGUUGUCAUUACUUCCAGGAUUGCUGAUGCUGCACUAUUCUUAGCUCCAAUGGUGUAUGAACUGGGUUGGAACUGGAAUGACUUCAGUCUGCUAGCACAAGGGACCCUAGCUGGCCAUCUUUUAGAGUGUGGUUGUCAACUCACUGGUGGAUAUUUCAUGCAUCCAGGAGACAAGUAUCGAAAAUUAUCUUUGGAACAACUUUUGAAUUUGUCACUUCCUUAUGCUGAGAUUGGUUAUAAAGGAGAAGUAUGUGUAGCCAAGGCAGAAGGUAGCGGAGGACUUCUCGACAACAGUACAUGUGCCCAGCAGCUUCUUUAUGAGGUUGGAGAUCCUAGUUCCUAUAUAACUCCUGAUGUGGUUAUAGAUUUGAGAAAUGUCUACUUCUGCCCAUUAUCGAAUGAUAAAGUUCUCUGCUAUGGGGCAAAGCCUUCUAGUGUUCAAUUUCCUGAUAAGCUUCUGCAAUUGGUUCCAGUGGAUUGUGGAUGGAAAGGCUGGGGAGAGAUAUCGUAUGGAGGAUUUGGAUGUAUAAGACGCGCCGAGGCUGCAGAAUAUCUGGUUAGGUCAUGGGUGGAAGAAGUAUAUCCAGGAAUUGGAGAUUGUAUCAAAUCAUAUAUUGUUGGACAUGAUAGCCUGAAAGCAACUGCAACCCAUGAGGGCAGUUUCUCCAUGGAGCAAAUGGAUAUUAGGCUUCGCAUGGAUGGUUUGUUCAAGUUGAAGGAGCAUGCAGUUUGCUUACUUCAAGAGUUUACAGCUCUCUAUACAAAUGGGCCAGCUGCUGGUGGUGGUAUUUGCACCGGGCACAAGAAGGAAAUAGUUCUUCAGAAGCAACUGGUUGAACGCGAAAACAUUUUCUGGGGAUUUGAAAUAAAGAAAUCAAAGCUUAUAGAUCCAUCCAAGAAGGAAGCUACACAUGAUGGAUCAGAUCCUAUCAACACUGUAAGAGAAGAAAAUAAAGUUCUGCUCAUCUCAACCAGCACCUCUAUCAGUGGUGCGAUAUCCUCAGCACUCACAGCUGCUGCUCCAUCCAACAAGAAGAUUCGUCUCUAUCAAGUCGCCCAUAGCAGGGCUGGGGACAAAGGAAAUGACUUGAACUUCUCCAUCAUCCCUCAUUGUCUGAAAGACAUUAAUAGGCUUAAACAAGUUAUAACAAAAAGUUGGGUCAAAGAUGUGGUUUCACCCCUCCUUGAUUUCUCCUCCUUCCCCAGUGCUGAAGCUAUUGAGCAGAGAAACAAGAAGAUGGAGCAGGUGACAGUCGAAAUUUAUGAGGUCCCAGGCAUCCACUCUCUCAAUGUUGUCACACGGAAUAUUCUUGAUGGUGGCGUUAACUGUUCCCGGAGGAUAGACCGGCAUGGCAAAACUAUAUCUGACCUCAUCCUGUGUCAGGAAGUCGUCUUGCCUCCGUUAACAACUGAUGAUGUAUAGUUUUCAUGUGUGCCUUGUUGAAUCUGUAUUCGCAAAUGCUAGAUUAAAGCAAACCCAUAUCAUUCAAUCUGAAUCUAUCCUUUGCAUCAAAUGGCAAUUUGUGGAAUGAUAACUAUGUGGACUUUGAAAGUAAUUCUCAUUUCUACUUCUUGCUGCA